AUGGAAGGUGGCAGAUGCCUCUCAGACUACGUGGAAAUUUAUGAUGGGCCCCUGCACAGCUCUCCUCUCCUUGGGAAGAUUUGUUCUGGUUAUUACCCCACAUACACAUCGUCCUCCAACCUGCUGAGCGUCCGCUUCCACAGCAACUCCCGAUACACGUACAGAGGCUUCCAGGCCAACUAUCACUCCACUCCUGCUGAUGACAGCACCACCCUGCUGUGUUUGCCAGACUACAUGCACGUGGUUGUGAGCAGAUACUUCCUUCAGUCCCACGGCUACUCUGCUUGGAACCUGACCCUGAACGACCCCCUUUGCACACCCAACAUCACAUCAAAUUCUGUGUCAUUUGACAUUCCGUACACUCGCUGCGGCACUGUCAGAGAGGGGAACAACGACACAAUCAGCUAUUCCAACACUAUUAGAGGGUCCUCUUCUGGUACAUUAAUCACAAGAAAUAGAAAUCUUCUCUUGCAUGUCAACUGCAAGAUGCUCCAGAACACGUGGGCAAAAACGAUGUACGUCGCGGAUGACAACUUUGAAGUCAACGAAACUCAGUAUGAGAGAUACGAUGUCAACCUCACAUUUUAUAACUCCUCAAGCUUCUCAAGGCCAGUGUAUGACUCACCCUACCGUGUUGGCAUCAACCAGAAUUUGUUCCUACAAGCUUCCCUGCACAGCUCUGACCCAUCCCUGGAGUUAUUUCUGGACACUUGUGUGGCAUCUCCCACUCGCCACAACUUUACAACAAAGUCCUAUCCUAUAAUCGAGAAUGGGUGUGCCAAAGAUCCCACCUAUGCUACGUAUUACUCACCCUUCAAACACACCCUCAGGUUUAAAUUCAAUGCCUUCCAGUUCAUUCAGAGCAACCCAGAGGUUUACCUGCAGUGUGAGCUGGUGGUCUGCAGGGCCUAUGAUUAUUCCUCCAGGUGCUACCAAGGCUGUCUUCGAAGGUCCAAGAGAGAGGCCAGCUCUGAGAAAGAAAGUGUGAUUGUUGUUGCUGGCCCAAUACAGCUUUGGAAACCUGAGAUAAUGGAUGAACUCGGGUCUGAGUAAAACUGUCUCCUUUGACAGAUAGCAUCAUCAAAUGCCAAUUGAAUUCUGUAAGAAACCAUG